AAUUAACUCGCCACAAAUAUAAUGAGGGAGAUUUUAGUCAUUUGAAGCCCUUUUAUCUUCCGAGUUUCACCUAAACACCUACUGAACAAAAUAACAAAACCUUGCUGUUCAGUUCUCUCUCUCCCUCUCUCUCUCUCUCUCUCUCUCUCUCUCUCUGUUUCUAGGGUUUCCGCCGAUCGAUCCAUCCAUCGGUAGAAAGAACAGUUAAAAUUUGGAUCAGCAACUUUUUAACUGUACUUUUCUGGUUUGUUUGUUCCCAUGGAUCGAAAUAAGAAACGAUCUUCUCGCGAUGAUGAUUCUUCGAAACCGGAGCAGAACAAGAAGCGUCAAUCUUCUUCCUAUGCGAACCCUGCUUCCGAUGAAGGUCCUGAGCAGCAAAAGCAGAACCAGCGUCAGAGUAGGCGUCCUGCCUUCAUUUCGUAUCUAGAAUCCCCGAAUUUGCCUCCCAAAACCAAAUUGCUCUGCGAAAUCAUAGCCAACACGCCUUCUCCAACCGUUGAGAAGGUCCUCGAAGAGACAGGAGUUAGGGUUACGACGGGAGACGUCGAGGAGGUUCUGAAACUCUCGUAUGGCUACCCAUCUACUGCUGUGAAGUUCUUCCGCUGGUCCGGCUGGCAGCUCAAUGACAAGCAUAGUCCGUAUGCAUGGAACCUGGUUGUUGAUUUGUUAGGGAAGAACUUAUUGUUCGACGCAAUGUGGGAUGCAAUCAAGUCCAUGAAGAAGGAAGGGCUGCUCUCUUUAGCGACAUUUGCUUCUGUUUUUAGCAGCUAUGUGGUUGCAGACCGAGUUGAGGAGGCGAUAAUGACGUUUGAGGUCAUGGAUCAGUAUGGUGUUGCUCGGGAUAUUAUAGCAUUGAAUUCACUGCUCAGCGCGAUAUGCAGAGAAGGAAAGACAAUGAAGGCAAAGGAGUUUCUUGACAUUGCCAAGGAUAAGAUUCGACCGGAUGCUGAUACAUACGCAAUUCUAUUGGAAGGUUGGGAAAAUGAGAAUAAUGUUGCUUGUGCUCGACAGACUUUCGGUGAAAUGGUGAUUGAUAUUGGAUGGAACCCAGAGAAUGUACCAGCUUAUGACUCGUUUCUGAAUACAUUGCUUAAGGGUCAUGACAUUCAUGAAGCGAUGAAGUUUUUUGAGAUGAUGGCAGGGAAGAAAUGUUUCCCCGGGAUGAGAUUCUUCAGGACUGCAUUGGAAGAGUUUGUUAAAUCGAACAGUGUCCGGAGUGCUAGCACCCUUUGGGAAGCAAUGGUGGAGAGGAAUGGUUGCAAACCUGAUACCCAUAUGUACAAUUUGAUGAUUACUUUGCACUGUUAUCUCAACAAUUAUGACACUGCUUUCCGGUAUUUGGACGAAAUGAUCUUAAAUGGAGCUUUUCCAGAUUCUAAGACAUACAAUGUGAUGUUCCAGUUCUUGAUUAAGUGGAGAAAGCUACGUGAAGCUUCAGCUAUUUUCAAUGAGAUGAUUAAAAAUGAGUGCAUUCCUAGCGAGACUAACUGUGCUUCAGCUGUUAGGAUUUACUUGGAUAUCGGUGAUCCAGUUAUGGCCAUAAAGGUCUGGAAGUGCAUGAUUGAAAAUGGGAUGUCUGGUUUGGAAGACAUUGGGAAUUCGUUGGUUCUUGGGCUACGUGACCUCAAUAGGCUUUCAGAGGCACGAAAGUAUGCUGAGGAUAUGAUCGAAAAGGGAGUCAAGUUGCACUCUUCAACACUUUCAAAGUUGAAAAGCAGUUUGUCCAAAAUGGGGAAAGGAUAUCUGUAUGAUGAACUUCUUAGGAAGUGGAAAUCUCAUUCGUAGGUAGUAGGGGGAUGUAGUGUUUUUUGCUCAGAAACUGGGGGUAGGAGGGAGAUGUAGUUUUGUAAUUUACAAGUUCAUCAUUUUUCUCUUUAUCUGGGUUCUCUGUAAAGUGACUUUCUCGUCCUGUUUCAGGUGAGAACUAGACUAGAAACAGUAAUGCAGCGUCUUGUAACACUGGGGUGCAGUUCAACUCCCUCAUUAUCUGACAGAAUACAGGUGUUAUACCUUGAAAACAUGAAAUUGAUUCCAUCCAUCCAAUGAAUUUCACAGGAAACUUUUCUUCCUUGGAAGCAUUAAAUGAAAUAUAUCUAGAUUGUGGUUUCUGCCUU